AUGGCCUCCCAGGUUCUCCUCCAAGCCAGGCUCUUUCGGGCCAGCCCGGGCCAAUUGACUCGCUUCGCCCGUCACUACUCGGCGCCCGCCAACAACUCCAUCCCCGCGGCCAAGAAGAAGUAUGUGCCUACCUCGGGCACGUAUCCCCAGGGCUUCGACGCCUCCGGCACCAUUGUCGGCGUGAAGCCCGGCAACACCACCAAGCCCGACCUCGCCCUCAUCUCGUCCCACCUGCCCUGCUCCGCCGCGGCCGUGUUUACCAAGAACAAGUUCCAGGCCGCGCCCGUGACCUUUAGCAGGGACCUCUUGAAGAAGAAGUCCAACCACGGCAUUCGUAGCGUCCUCAUCAACUCGGGCUGCGCCAACGCCGUUACCGGCAAGGGUGGGCUCGAGGAUGCGAAGCUCAUGGCCGGCGAGGCGGACAAGUCGCUGGGCAGCCACGAGGCUACUGUAGUCAUGAGCACCGGUGUUAUCGGCCAGAGGCUCCCUAUCCAGAAGAUUGUGGAUAAUGUCCCCGCCGCCUUUGAGCGCCUGGGUUCUUCCCACGACCACUGGCUCGCCUGCGCCAAGGCCAUCUGCACCACCGACACCUUCCCCAAGCUCCGGUCCAGGACCUUCACCCUCCCCUCUAGCGGAUCCACCGAGUAUCGCAUCGCCGGCAUGACCAAGGGCGCCGGCAUGAUCCACCCCAACAUGGCCACCCUCCUCGGCCACGCCGUCAACCGCUCCUUUAACAGCAUCACCAUUGACGGCGACACCUCCACCAACGACACUGUCGCCUUCUUCGCCAACGGCGCCGCCGGCGGCUCCGACAUCCUCAUCGUCCGCGACGGCGAGGGCGCCACCAAGUUCGUCACCAUCCGCGUCGCCGAGGCCGCUUCCGAGGACGCCGCGCGCCGCGUCGCCAGCACGAUUGCCCGCUCCCCGCUUGUCAAGACGGCCCUCUACGGCAAGGACGCCAACUGGGGUCGCAUCCUCUGCGCCACCGGGUACUCUCUCAUCUCGGAGCCCGGCCACGACGUCACCGCCGUCGACGAAAUCGUCCCCGAGACCACCAACGUGUCUUUUAUCCCCACCGACGGCUCGGCUGAGCUGAAGCUGCUCGUCGACGGCGAGCCGAGGACGCUCGGCACCGGCAAGGAGCAGGCGACGUACUGGACCUGCGAUUACAGCCACGAGUACAUUACCAUCAACGGAGACUACCGAACCUAA